AUGUUUAUCAUAUCGCUUAUAUUGUACUUUAACUGUAAUAGUAUCGAAGGAUUCCGUAUACCACUAGCCAGUAAUACACAAAACCUAUUAGUAUACGGAGAUGGCUCGAUUGGAAAUAAUACGCAAAAUUAUAGACACACACAUAACCAUAAUGCGUACAGCCCAGAGAAUUUAAUGCACAAUUUGACAACAGUUUCAGAGGAAUUGGAUCCCUAUGAAUCAUAUAAGACUAAAACAGAUUUCGAUCACAGUAAUUCUGAUCGGAAUUUUUACUCGAUAUCAGGACUGUUUACAUACAUAAAAGAGUAUUAUAAAUCGCACAGCAGGUACCCAUUUCCAUUCGCAACAAGCGUGUUCGGUUCGGUGGUGUCUGUGAGAAGAAUUCCGUCGCAGAAGAUAAUUUUUAUUGACCUUAACGAUGGAUCGACCAUCGAGAACCUGCAGAUAGUAGUUAACAACUACAGUGCCUUCAGAGACCUGGAGUCCAUAAAACCGGGAGACGACGUGUUAGCAAUAGGAAUCAUAGACUACAGGAAGGGGAAGCCGUCGGAAAGGUCGCUCUCAGAGUUUGACCUGCACGUAAACGAGGAAGACCCGAAACAUAAGAUGGAGUUGCACACACACGCGAACGGAGACGACGUGAACCCAGUGCUGCCAAACGUAAGCUACUCCGACGAGUAUCUCAGAAAGCACCCGCACCUGAGGUUCCAAAACAAGCUGUUCGCAUCGGUGAUGCGUAUAAGAAGCGAGUUGAUGCACCUAACGUUCAAUUUCUUCGCAAAACACGGGUUUUGCUACAUAGAAACGCCAUGUAUCACAAGAAUGAACUGCGAAAACUUACAUUCAUUCCACCUGAAAACUAAAGAGGAAAGUGAGUUGGGAGGCUCAUCGUUUCUGAGUCCAACAGGGCAAAUGGAACUGGAAUACGCGUGUUACGCACUGAGGCGCGUGUGGAAGUUCGGCCCAGCAUUUAGAUCAGAAGUCUCAGAUACAACGAGACAUUCUCCAGAGUUUUCUAUGAUAGAAGCUGAGAUGUCAAAUUAUAGCAUCGAGGGGAUGAUAAGGUUCAUCGAAAACUAUAUUCAAGCGUGUGCAAAACAUAUACUUGAGAAGUGUAACGAAUAUGUACAGUAUUUAAACAAAUUUGACAGCAACUACGAGGAACACCUGAGGCACUUGUCCUCUGCAAAAAUUAAAAUAAUAACAUAUGACGAAGCCGUACAAGUGUUAAACGAGUUACUGGAAUCAGAACCAGGUUCUAGGAAGUAUAAUUAUGGACCAGUCAGCUGGGGAAGACGGUUGACAGAUUCAAAUGAAAAGGCACUAGUUGAGCACUUCAAUAACCAAAUAUUGGCAAUAACUAACUACCCAGAGUCCAUAACGGCAUUUUAUAUGAAGGAGUCGACCAACAAAGAGGAGCAAAGUAAUCUAAGUGAUACAGCCGGAGAGGAAAUCAAGAAAACGGUGGACAACUUUGACAUAAUAGCUCCAUACGGGUACGAAAUAGCAGGAGGAUCACUCAGAGAAGAUGAUUACGAAGUGCUGAAAAGGAAAAUGGAGGAAUUAAACAUGAACGAGAGUGGCUACCGAAGGUAUAGAGCAAGGAUUUAUAGAGAAUAUAGGUACUUGGAUCUGAGGAAGUAUAGGUACCUGCCGCACGGAGGAUUCGGCAUAGGAUUCGAUAGACUGAUAAUGCUGAUGACCAAAAAGGAAAACAUCAGGGACGUCAAACCAUUCGAUAACAAGUGA